ACUUGCAACUAAGCGAGACAAGGAGGUCUGCCCUGACAGUCGUGAUUUAGAAAAUCGUCUAAACGAAAGGGAACGAUAUAAAAAGAAAGAUAUGUUGCAAUGUGUGAUCAUUAAACCAUGCAUUGCAGAACCAGGAAAAACAUUACAGCAAUGGCAAGGUAGCUAGUGCCCAAGGCGCCUGUGCUAACCUUAGCCCCUAUAGGCACGGCUAAAUAUCUAGCUAGCUAACUAUUGUUAGAUAAAAUGCUAGUUUGUUAACAUUGUCAAAUGACAUGCUCGUAGGCAAUAGCACUGGGCAUAUUCUUAUUGAGUGUUUUAAGCAAACGUUAGUAUAUUUUUUUGCCCAUAUGGGGACGCAAGAGACAGCUGGGACCAUAGAGAACCGUAUUCUAAUUCCUAAUUCUAUGGCUGAAAGCUUGGCUAGCUGGCUAACCAACUGGUGUUGUGCCACAGAUCCAGUUUGCCAAUCAUUGGUGAGUUCUCGUUGAGGAGGCAAUGACAAGCGAGCGGAGACGUGACAGACUGUCUUCUGUGACCCGACCAUCGAAGUAGCUAAUCCUGUUGACAAUUUGGGAACGUUUACAAUUUUUCCAAAUGCAUCCAGAGAGAUCCCUCUCCGUGGAUCAGAAUGCGAUCCAAGAAGAACAGAUAAUGCGAAAAAGCUUUCUAGGCAGAGCAGGGCAUGAAAUCAACGACAACUGCACACAUGCUGACAGAACCAGCUCAUUGAACCUGUAGGAAGCAUGACAGCAUAUUCCUGUAUAUUUGAUCUAUUUAUUUAUUUUGGUGAAGUAGAAAUGAUUGUGUCUGUAUUUCACCACCGGUUUCCAUAUUUGCAUGUACUAAUUCUAUCAACCGAGUAAAGAGAUCAGUCAGAAUUUAUUUUUCAAGAUGACGGUGGAGGGUUCCACAAUAAAGAGUCGGAUCAAAAAUCUGCUUCGCUCGCCAUCUAUAAAAUUGAGAAGGAAUAAAGCUCUGAACAACAAAGAAAAUCUCACUAACAAGGUGACACUGGAGAAGGUGCUAGGGAUCACAGCAUUUGGGAACCGCGCUUUGGCUUGUGACCCUCGCUCUGGACUCGUGGCCUACCCAGCUGGAUGUGUGGUGGUGCUGCUGAACCCCAGGAAGAACAAACAGCAUCACAUCCUCAACAGCUCCAGGAAAACCAUCACCACUCUGUCAUUUUCACCUGAUGGCAAAUUUGUGGUCACAGGAGAGAGUGGACACAUGCCUGCUGUGCGGGUGUGGGACGUUGCAGAACGGACCCAGGUUGCUGAGUUACAGGAACAUAAGUACGGCAUCUCCUGUGUGGCGUUCUCCCCCAACAGCAAGUACAUUGUCAGCGUGGGAUACCAGCACGACAUGAUUAUCAAUGUUUGGGCCUGGAAGAAAAACAUAGUGGUGGCAGCCAACAAGGUGUCCAGUAAAGUCACAGCUGUGUCCUUCUCAGAUGACAGCAACUACUUUGUCACGGCAGGGAACAGGCACGUCAAGUUCUGGUACCUGGAUCACACCAAAUCGUCCAAGGUGAACGCCACGGUUCCUCUGCUGGGUCGCUCGGGGCUCCUGGGGGAGCUGAGGAACAACUUCUUCAGUGACGUGGCAUGUGGGAAGGGUCGUAAAGCCGGCAGCACCUUCUGCAUCACCUCCUCGGGCCUGCUCUGCGAGUUCAGUGACAAACGCCUGCUGGACAAAUGGGUGGAGCUAAGGAAGAACGACAGUGUCACAACCAGUCAGGCCACAUCUCUGUCUGUGACGGACGAACUGAUCUUCUGUGGCUGUGCCGACGGCACGGUUAGGGCCUUCAGCCCCGUCAACCUACACUUCAUCUGUACCCUGCCACGCCCACACUGCCUGGGCACAGACAUCGCCACCGUUGUGGAGGCUAGUCACCUCUUCAGCCACAAGAUGGACGCCCGGUGUCCAGACACGGUGGCUGUAUCUUAUGACCCUGCGAGCCGCUGGCUGUCCUGUGUCUACAACGACCACAGCCUGUACGUGUGGGACGUACGGGACCUCCGCAAAGUGGGCAAGGUCUACUCCGCCCUUUACCACUCGGCCUGCGUGUGGAACGUCGAGGUGUACCCAGACAGGGUAAGUGAUGGCAGGCAGCCCUGUUUGCCUCCAGGCUCCUUCCUCAGCUGUUCUUCAGACAAUACUGUCCGGCUCUGGAACACUGAUGGACACAACACAACUCUUAGCCGCAACGUCAUCAGCAACGACCUCCAGAAGAUCAUCUACAUGGACAACAACACGGCCGGCCUGCUGGACACAGAGUGCCUCAACUCGGGGAACGGAGAGAAGGCCGACCCUCAGACCUCCGAGACCAGGACGGGCAUCAGGACCAUGUGUGUCAGCCCAGACGGGCAGCACCUGGCAUCGGGCGACCGGACCGGCACCUUGAGGAUCCACGAUCUAGAGAGCAUGGGGGAGAUUCUGAACGUUCAGGCCCACGACUCAGAGAUCCUGUGUCUGGAAUACUCCAAGCCUGAGACGGGGCUGAAGCUGCUAGCCACAGCGAGUCGAGACCGGCUGAUCCACGUGCUGGAUGCAGAGCGGGAGUACAGCCUGCUGCAGACGCUGGAUGAACACUCCUCUUCCAUCACCGCUGUACGAUUUGCUGCCAAUGAAGGCAAGGUCAGGAUGAUCAGCUGUGGCGCUGACAAGAGCAUCUACUUCCGCACAGCGCAGAAGUCAGAUGAAGGAACCGUGUUUACCCGCACCCACCACAUCGUACGCAAGACAACGCUGUAUGACAUGGAUAUCGACCCCACCAGGAAGUACGCUGUUAUUGGUUGUCAGGACCGCAGCAUCAGAAUCUUCAACAUCAGUAACGGAAAACAGAAGAAACUGUACAAGGGUUCCCAAGGAGAGGAUGGGACUGUCAUCAAGGUUCAGACAGACCCCUCAGGGCUGUAUGUGGCCACCAGCUGUUCAGACAAGAACAUCAGCAUCUUUGACUUCUACUCUGGGGAGUGUGUGGCCACCAUGUUUGGACACUCUGAGGUUGUGACUGGAAUGAAGUUUACCAAUGACUGCAAGCACAUGAUAACUGUGUCUGGUGAUAGCUGUAUCUUUGUGUGGCGUCUGGCCCCGGAGCUGACCAUCAGUAUGAGACAGCGUCUCUCGGACCUCAAGCAGAAUGGCAAGCCAGUUCAGAAGACCCCACUUCACAAACCUUGCAAUCUCAGCACCAGGAGAGAGGUACAUAGCACCCCUCCCAUUGUCACCAUGUCCUCUGACAGUGACAAAGAGGUGGAGGAGGAGGGGAUAGAAGAAGAGGAUGAGGAAGAGAGGGUCUCUCCUUACAUGGUGUCAGGCUGCAGUGCAAGGGAAGAGACAGACACCUCAGAUGAAAAGCACAACUCUCAUGAACUGAAAAGGGAGAACUCUUUUGGCAGGCGGUCCUCCCAGGGCAGUCACCACUCUGAGGACAGGGGUCCCCGUCCGCGGCGCCGCUGGUCCAGACGCAUGGACAGCAUGGAUCUGAUGGUCAAGUCCAUGUUAGACCUCAGACAGCUGGACUCCUUUGCCAUGCCCCCCUCCUCCCCCACUAAGACCCAGACCCAGCCUGUUUCUGACUCCUUCAGAGACCCAUUCAGAGAGGAAGAGCUGGGCAGUACCAUCAGCCUGCAACCCCUCACUGCAUGGGGGGAGUCAGAGCAGAGGUCCCAGCAGCGGCCCAAAUACAUCAUGCUCUCUCCACAGACACCUGACACAGAGACAGGCCCAGUGCUGUACCCCGACGGCUUUGAGGACAGGGUCAGCUUAGCCGGCAGUGAGUACCUGGUGAAGGAGCUGCUGCCUGGGCCUGGGGCCAGCAGGAGUGUGAAGGGGUACCAGAACCACAACCAGUGGAGCCAGGGUCACCAUGACAAACACAGCCCAGACAGCGCCUGCUCUGUGGACUACUCCAGCAGCAGACUGUCCAGCCCAGACAGUCAGCAGCAGCCACCUGGAGAGGACCCUGAGCCCACGGAGCCUCUCAGUGUGGAUGGGAACUCCUCUGAAUUGGACCUGGAGGAACUGGAGGUGGAAGAGGAGGGGGGCGUAGGGAGGGGAGAUGCCAAGGGGGUGACGGUAGUACCCCAGACCCCCGACCAGGAGGCCUUCCUCAAACAGCACUUUGGCAACCUGGCUGAGCUUAACAACCCAGUGAGUCCGACGAGAGCUGCCACCCCUGACAAUAUCAGCAUCUCCUCCAAGUUCCUGUCUCAAUGCUCUACUGGAAGCAGGACCUCCUUUCCAUUCCUAUCUAAGAGCAUUGGUGAGGGGAAGGUAGGCAGCGGUGUGGUGAAGCCCCUGGUCUCUCAGGUGAGGCCUCUCAUGGAGCACAACCAGGACAGAGACCAGAGCCAAGCCCAUAGCCAGAGGAAGGUCUCAGAAGACUCUCAAAAGGGCCCCACCGGGAGACUAGAAGUAGUGGACACUACGGAGAAGUUUCUUAAUCUGCGGGCCUCUCCUCUGAGGAAGAAGCUGUUUAACCCUGCAGUGGACUCCCGUAGGAUGGUCAGCCCUGUGACCAAGGCUGCAGCCUCUCACCUCACAACUACAGGCAUGAGGAAGUCCCAGUCAGUCCAGAACCUGCACACUGAGGUAGACAUGCCUCUAACCCUGUCUCGGCCCCCCAAGGAGGUGGCCCCCCUGCCCCAUCACUCCCAGUUCCAUCACUCCCAGGCCAGCGAGGGUCAAGUGACACUCCCCACCACCCCCCGCAGCACACUGCCCAGCGUGCCCCCCUUCUGCAGCCCCACCUCCCCCCAGCCUCAGGACAACACCAGCCACAGCACAGCCACUAUGCCCAGGAGUCUAAAGUCCCGCUGCUCCUACAUGAGCCCCACCACCAGUUCCAUGGCCAAGAUGUCCCGCUCCGUGUCCAUGGGAGACAACCUAAACGUGACUGAGGAGGAGUCUGGAAGUAGUUCCAACACCUCCAACCCUCCAACGACCAAGAGUCAGAGCUGCUCCUCCCAGAGUCCGAGUACUAAAGCAUCUUUCCCAGUGGCCAUGGUCUCCUCGGCGUCCUCCUCCCUCUCAGGGAUGGGUUUAGCCAUGCCCCAAGCUGCUGUUAUCCCCAACCUCAUAGCUAGCUCUAACCCUAACCCAACCACCAAGAGUCUGCAGGCCAAGCUGAUGUGCAGCACCCAGCCCCAGCUCAACCUGGACAUCUCCAAGUCCCUCCCAGACAAGCCCUCCCUGGCAGUCUUCACACCCAACGGUACCUCCAAGACCACCACCACUUCCUCCAAGACUGUCAAAGAGGACAACCUCUCCCCCAGAUCCCCAGUUAGCUCAUUGCCCCAGCAGGGCCAGAAUCAACCACCACUGCUCUUCAACAACGUCCAGCUAGUCAUUGCACUGUCCCCCUCCCCUGCUGCUCCUUGGGAGACUAGCCCAGUGCUGAGCCCUGAGGCGGAGCAGCUUGGUCUCACCGCGGAGCUGCGUCCUGAGGCCCUUGUUGUAGACAACAGACUGGAACAGCCAAAGACAGAGGAAAGCCAGGGCCUGACCCAGGAGGAGAGCCCCGUGACGGAGCUGUCUCUUCAGGGCAAUCCGGUCUACCUGCUGUCACAACGAGGGCCCGGCCAGGACCACACAGACGAUUCUCUCAGUAUGGAGUCGUGCAAGGUGUUGGCCAGCGAGCUACAGAACUCGUUUAGGAAGGCCUCCCGGUUCUACAGGAUGGUGAACAGUGUGCCUGUAGCCUCCAGGCAGGAGCAGCAUGAGAUGGCCCGGGUCCUGUCUGAGGCCUUUGAGGUUGUGAGGGCCGAGCUGAGCUCCCUGCCCCAGAGCUCACUACCAUCCCCCUCUGGAGAACCGGCAGCAGGAGGCUCCCUGUGUACGCUGGGCUGCCGGCCUGUAGGACCAGGCACAGGGGGAUCAGGCUCAGGGGAGGAGAGGACUCUGGCUCUGCUGGAGCAGUACUCUGAGCUCCUCCUCAAAGCUGUGGAGAAGAGGCUGGACAACAAUCAGGUCUCCUAGAGACAUCUCAAGGGAGAGGCAUCUUAUUUUACCCCACCCUUUAAGACUGAACCAACAAACCUUCUGGCAAAAUGUAGAAUUUUAAGCCAUUGUGCAAGGAUAUCUGCAGAGCUGAUUGAUCAGGGGACCUACUACAGUACUUGUUAUUUAAAUCAACUUUUUGAAGAUGAACAAAUUAAAAUAUUCAUGAGAGACAUCUUUUUUACAAGUUCUUUGUUAAAGGACUUCUAUCUCUCUCGCGAUGGUGAGGCUUGCAGUCAGCACAAAGGCCCACUGUAAUGGGCCAACGUAUAACACUAACAUGCCAACAGCACAGAUACUGGUUAUGUAGGGAGACCCCUCAGGAUGAUCGAUGCCUCAGCAUUCAUUCCCAGUGUGGCUAAGCUGCACUACAGACUGUCAUUCACCAACCUUCCUCCCUCUGUGUGUCACCUACCAGAUAACUGCACUCUCAAAACCACUUGUUUUAUUCACCCAUCUUGCCAAAUAUUGGGCCCUGCUACUUUGUUUUAAGUAAGUUAGCCUGAGGCUAAUACACAAGUAAUUAGCGGUUAUGCCCUUUGUUACAUACUCUAGAUCUCCCCUAGAUGAAGGAAAUAUGAAUAGUUGCUACAUUUGAUACGGGCUAUCAUUUUGGGUAGAAGUAGCAGAACAUUUUGGAGAAUCGAAGGGUGUUGUUGUUCAAUACCUUUCCUGACCCCAGUGAUCUAAAACAAUACAAUUGUGAUCGCUACAAUUUAAUCGUUCUGUGUUGGUGUCCCUGUCCCAACCAGGGCUCUCACCCACCAACACGUUGGACCAGGUCAUAGCCUCCUCAAAACUACAAGUGGAACACAAGACCCUUCCAAGUCUUAGAAGCCAGAUUAUCAGACAUGAUGUUUUAGUGGAUGAGUUCAUACAUUGUGUUUUGAGAGGCCCUGUCGGUGUGUGAUGUGUGGUUGUAUUUAUUAUGUUGUAAAAGGUCCAUGUUACAAAGGGUUUUUCAGCCUCUUGUUGUACAGUUUGUUUUGAGACUGGUGUCAGUAUGUUUUGUGCCAGAGCUAGGUCAUCAGUGGGGGACCAACAUGUAAAAAAACAGACGACCUUGAAGAUAUACAGUAUCAACUGAGUCUCCUCGUUCUUCAACUCUACUGGAUGGUUUUAUAAAAUGUGUGAAUUGUGUUCCCAGUAAUAAUACAAAUGUUUCAAGGAAAUGGGUGCCUUAAGUCAAAACCAUAUUUUUUCAUGGUUCUAAAUGUGUUAGGCAAUACCAAAAUAAUAUUCCAUUGUAAUCAAAAGGCAACUACUGAAAUGUAUCUACUGCUGUGGGAAUCAAAUGACAUUGAGGAGAAUUGUUCUCUGGUGACAAUGAAUCUUAGUGUUGGGUUACUUGAGGAUAAGAACAUAUUUCAUUCAUAGCUCUUCAGAACCAAGUCCUCAACAUUAAUUGGCUUCAUGUUUUUAUCCUAGUCUCUGGUACAUUUCCACCACAGUAACAAUAUAAAGCACUUUUUUUCCUAUCAAAAUGGUCAUAGGUCAAAUUAAUGUAUUUGUAAUAGCUUAGGAUACUAAACUGAACCUUCAGGGUCUCUGUGUGUAUAUAAUGGUGGAACGUAUGUGAGUCGAGGGCUCAGACAAAUUAUUAUGUUCUGCUUGCUGCUAUGGUAAUUGUGGCCGCAGACAAGCACAACAUUGCCCUCUGCUGUUGGACCUAAAUCACUGCCCAGCUGCUAUGACAGACAGCCCAAUCACUCACCUCCCACCACUCAUCUCUGGUCAGGAUAAUGAUAUGCUGUGCUAUAAUACACUAGUGCUCUCAAACAAUAUUUUAAUCACCUGUGUAUACAGUACUGGGUAUUUUCUCAGUUAUUGUUACUUGUUGUUAGGAAACUUUCACAUCUUGGUAGAAACGGUCUGAUCAGGUACCCAAUGUUCUUCUACUCUUUCAAAGUGCCACGCCUGUAACUCCUUUCUACUGUUGAUUAAAGCAUUGUAUGUACAAAUGACUAGAUGGAUGUGCAUGGACAGACCGCCGAGAUGUUAAAUGGCAGUCGAGCCCUGAAAGGCCAUGGGUUAUGGUAUAGAAUAAGAAUGAAUUAUUCUUCUGUUUAUUAGUUAUUCAGUAUUUCCCCAUCUGAUUGACAAUAUUUAGAACGGUAACGUUAUCUAGCAGACUGGAGGCUUCGUUAAGACAUAGGAUUGUAUUUCAAUGGACAGUAGUACAGAUACCUUGUAACUUUCUGCUGCUUGUAUGCAUGAGUAUAUAUGCAUGAAGGGUGGUGAAUGGAGGUUGACUGGCUGGCUCGUUCCUUAGUAGGAUUGCAUGGUUGAACGUACCCUAGGCUUUUUAAAGAGUCAAUCCCGCUCUUUUUCACUGACUGGUACCCCUGUAGCUGACCCUAGUUCUAAUCUCACCUUUUGUAUGUUAUGAUGAUUACUUGUCUUAAACUGCAGAUCAUGGACCAGCAUUUUCCUCUUUUAGGAAUGAUCACCUUUCAGCCAUUUUGUGAGCUGUUUUCUGUUUUGCACCAAUCUCAGUGUUUUUACUGUAUUCCCUCUCUGAACUUCUCUCUCUGCCAGAGAAUAAAAACAGAUUUAUUACACUCAA